UCAUGUCAUGCUCCUCUAUCUGAGAGCUAGAAAAACCUGUAUGUCUCUUCUUCUUCUUCUUCUUCUUCUUCACUAAAAUAUAACCCACCAUGAUUCCAUCUGAAACCAUGGGAAUCACCUAUCUUUCUGCAGAAAACUCUUCCCAUCUCCCUCUUGAUAUCACUUUCAUGCACAACACUUUCCACUUCUCCAGAUUCUUAACCUGCAAUAACUUACCUAAUAACUUUCACACAUCUCUCCACCCUGCCGUCCCGGAGCUCGCCCAAAAUCCGUCGUGUUUCGGCAAUAACUCAACCUCAGACGAAUCAUCGGACAAAACCCAACUUAGGAUCAUGAACGAGAGGCGGCAGAGGAGGAUGAUAUCCAACAGAGAGUCGGCGCGGCGGUCGAGGAUGAGGAAACAGAGGCACCUGGACGAGCUGUGGUCGCAGGUGGUUCGCCUUCGGUCGGAGAAUCACGGCCUGCUGGACAAGCUAAACCAGGCGUCGGAGCGGCACGACAAGGCGGUGCAGGAGAAUGCGCGCCUCAAGGAGGAAGCCGCCGACCUCCGCCGCAUGCUCGCGGAGGCGCAGCUCCCAGCUGGCUGGCCGGACUUUCAAUAAAUAAUUUUGAAGCGAGCGAGCGGAGCUGUUUUUUGUACGUUUACCUUAGUAUUUUCCGAUGACAACAACCAUGAAUUGAGAUGGGAAUGUUCAAUAACAAAUGGUUUUUGACUAUAAUGAUUUUU